GAUUUAUCACGAGACAGUGAUAAUGUAUUAACAGUAACACACACAAACAGUAUGUUACAAACAUAGGCCAAUGUCGAUAUAAGAAUGGUUUCGUUUUUCACCAGUUUUUCUGAAGCAUGCGUUCGUGCUUUCAUUUUGUUAAGCGCUGUGCGCGAGUUGCCAGCGCAAGGGAUUGUUGGAUGUCCAAUUUUCGGGUGUACGCCCAGCGGAUCGUUCGCAUUACAGUUGAGGCUACCGUCGUCACCAGUUCGAGUCAAAUGGAAAAGUAGUGUACUCUUGGAACCUCUUCAUAAUAGCUUAGGAUGUGUAGGAAACGACGCGGGCAUAGUUUGUCCGAUUCUGACCGGAAAAGCUGUAGGGUAUGGUGGCUUAAGCCAUGAGAAUGGUACUGUGGCAUGGGAAGAUGGCAUACUGCAUCACCCACCUUUGCCUCUGAUGGAUAUUUUUGGGGACAUCAUAGGAUCAGAUGGAGAGAAACUACUUCAAUACAGACCUGAUGGGACAGUGAUACAGCCUGUGAUAGCCCUCAUCCCCUCCAUGAUAGACAUCUUUAGUCUAAAUCUAGCUGACAAUGGCAUCUUGCUUCUGACAUCAUCAUUUGGUGUUCUGACAACGUAUUUUACUAAUGGAGUUCCUGGUGGGACUGUGACUAUGCGCUACAAAGUGAAUAAUGCCACUGGGACAUUCUACCCAAUAGCUACACCCGUAAUUCGUGGACACAGAUCCUACAUACUGGCUGUGUUCAGAGCAGAGAACACCUCCAGCAAGGAAAAUGGCCUUCUCCGUUUAUUUGGUAUUGACUUGAACGAUCAGUUUGUUGGUAAAAUCCAAGUGGUUUGGUUCACUGACCUUGGCCAUCUUACAGGCUGUGAUUCAGCAACACUGACAGACAACAGUCUCCAUCAUCAGCAAAUUCAGACAUUCCAAAACUCUGCUGCUUCCAAUGGCUCCUUACUUGUCCACGAUGAUAUGAUAUUUGUCACAUUGCCAGUGUCACAUAAUCGUGAUACAUUAUUAAAUAAAUCUGACUUCUGGGCUGUUAGAGACAGUGGAAAGCAGGGAUUUAUUAAGUACAGUGAUGCUUUAUCUAUUGAUGAUUUAUCUCUCUACAGUGUCAACCCAACUGACAGUUUAAAUUUCCAUACCAAAAACGAAGGUACUGGUUUACUUAGAAAAGGCGUAGACAAAAAUUUUGAUUUCUAUGAAGGAGAAAACAUUUCAAAUGAUUAUGAAGGUGAAGUUGGCCAUACCCUUUUGUGGGGCAGCCAUAAGAUACAGGGUAAAAUAACUGGGUUAGAUUGGGGUGGAGGAGAUGUUAAAAUCAUCAUAGAAAUAGACCUAUCAUUACUGCUGAGAACUUCUGCCAGAAUAACGUCAAAAAUUAUGACCGUUAGAAAUGAAACAGACAGUCCUGAUUCCAUAUUGUUUGGUGUUAGCGUAGUGAAUAAAACUGCAGCUUUCGUCAAUAUACUGAAAGAACACAACAUUUCGGAUAUCAAGAACGUUAACUAUGUUGUUUGUGUGACAACUAGUUUAGAGUCGCCUCCCCUUGUGACAUUACGUUGGAUACUGCCAGUGCCCGAAGAUGGCACUGUCCACGGUCAGCUGGUCGGCAUUCCUUCUGAUACUAAGCUCAAUAACAAGGCCAAAAAUAGGCCGAAGGACUCAGAAAAUAUCAUUGUCGCUUACGCUGUUGGUGAAAGUUCUACAAAUGUGUUUGCUAUUUAUUAAAGGAAAGAAAAAGUUUAAUAAAUUAUUUUUUUA